AUGACGAUACCGGUGAAGGUCGCUAAUGGAACAGUGACUGCCACAGCCAACGUCCUUCUUGACUCUGGAUCAACAUGCAGCUUUGUCACAGAGAGGCUUGCACACCGACUACGGCUGCGAGGAGAGCGCAAGCCAGUGCAUGUUGGUGUGCUAGGCGGUCAAGUUCUCUCAGGCGAGCGAGAGGUGGUGUCUCUGUCCCUUCAUCAAUAUGACAGCCAGGUGAUAUCAGAAGUUGAGGCAUAUGUGCUGCCAAAGAUCACAAGCGACGUGCACGUUGCUGAUUGGAGCCGUCUGCGUCACCAGUGGCCACAUCUAGCAGACAUUGAUUUCCCUGCUGCAAGCAAUCAACGCACCAUCGACAUCCUAAUCGGGCUAAAUUCAGCAGCACUGCACAGUGCACAGGAAGAACGGAGUGGCAAGGCAGGUGAGCCCAUUGCAAGGCGCACACCCUUGGGAUGGGUCUGUUUCGGUUCAGCCAUACAAGACAGCUCUGUCCAGCACACCCAUCAUGCCCUGGAACUAACACAGACAGGUCUCGACUCGCUUGUCCGUAACUUCUGGGACUUGGAAGCGGUCGGCAUGCAACCGUCUGCUGAGAGCUACCUGUCACCUGACGAACGCCAUGCUGAGGAAAUGACUCGACAGCAGCUAGGGUACGCAGAUGGUCGAUUCGUUGUCGGUAUUCCCUGGCAGAAUGGAGCGCGUCCUCAGAUCACGAGCAACCGAGUGCAGGCCGAGGAUCGGCUGCGUUCGCUACUGAGGUCUCUAGAGAGAAGACCAACCGUUCAGAUUCGCUAUGCAAAGGUGCUGGAGGAGUACCUACAGAAGGCGUACAUUCAGGAGCUGACAUCUGAUCAAGUCCAGCAAUGUGGCCGUGAGCAAUGGUUUCUGCCGCACUUCGCAGUAGUCCGCGAAGACAAGGCUACAACUAAGGUCCGUGUUGUGUUUGAUGCUGCAGCUCGCUUCAACGGCACGUCCAUCAAUGAACACAUGUACGCUGGGCCACGACUGCAGAAUGACCUCGUCACGGUACUGAUCCGGUUCUGCAUGCACCCCGUGGCACUGAUUGCUGAUGUGUCGGAGAUGUUCCUUCAGGUAUCACUACAGCCUGAGGAUCGCAGAUAUCACCGAUUUCUUUGGAAGACCGGGGACGGAGUCAAGGCCUAUGAGUUCACCAGGUUGGCGUUUGGCAUCCGUGCAUCGCCAUAUCUAGCAGGCAGAGCUUUGCUGGAGACGGCCGAGCGUUUCGGAGCGAACUACGACCCAGCAGUCAGUGACACAGUUCGCAAGGCAUUCUACGUCGACGACAUGUUGAAGUCCUUGCCUGACGACCAGAAAGCAAUGCGUCUUCGGUCUCAGCUACAAUACCUCCUGAAGAAAGGCGGCUUCCAUCUCCGGAAGUGGUUGAGCAACAGUGAAGCAGUGAUGGAAUCAAUUCCACCGGAGCACCGCGCGCCGGCCACGUCUAAGUCCAUAACGGCACAAGAGUCGUCUGGACAGCCCUCACAAAAGGCACUGGGCGUAACGUGGAUGGUCAGCGAAGAUUAUUUCACGUUUCACUAUCAGGAACCCACAUCCGCUGCGUGCACGAAGCGCACCGUCCUCAGUCGCAUGGCAUCACUGUUUGACCCCAGAGGGCAACUAGCACCAUUCACCAUCAGGAGCAAGUUGUUGUUCCAGGAACUAUGUCUUGCGGGGCUCGGCUGGGACGACCCACUGCCUGAAGAGACGGCGGUAGCUUGGCAAGAAUGGUUUGCUGAGAUGCCUAAGCUAACACAGCUACGCAUUGAUCGCUGUUUUCAAGAUAGCACAACGUCGAUGGGUCUGAGUGUGCACACGUUCACCGACGCAUCAGAACGGGCCUACGCCGCUGCGUCAUACGUCCGAGCAGAGCGACCAGAUGGUACAGCGAAGGUUACCCUGGUGAUGGCCAAGGCAAGACCAGCACCGAUCAAGCGUCGAUCCAUUCCGAUGCUAGAGCUGCAGGGAGCGGUCCUGGGUGUGCGUCUUGGGACGUACGUUAGCGAAGCUCUUGGUGUGAGAGCAGCCGACAGCCACUACUGGAGCGAUUCCAUGAAUGUCCAGUAUUGGAUUCGAUCACCCAGCCGAAAGUUCAAGCUGGAAGUCGGCAACCGGAUAUCGGAGAUCCAACAGCAGUCUAUGGCACGGAACUGGCGUCAUGUUCCCGGAGUCAGAAAUCCAGCUGAUCUCCCCACCCGUGGGAUGACAGUCACACAGCUGGCAGAGGAGAGCAGGUGGUGGCAUGGACCAACGUUUCUGGCACAGCAACAGAGCGAAUGGCCAGAUCGCAGGAUAGCUGUGCCGAAGGAGCUACCACAAAUGCUCAAGACUCCUGAAAUCACGAUGACGGCAAUGAUGUCACCACCGUUGCGGCUAAGUCCAAACAACUAUUCCUCGUGGAGCCGUCUUGUGCGGGUCACGGCUUGGUGCAUGCGUGCCAUACACAAUCGCCGCAAGAGCCGACUGCCACAGCUAACGCUCAGCGACGCCCGUGUGAAGAUUGCAAUCAAGAACAGCAAGGAGGUUGCCGUGCCCGAGCUCUCACCAGCUGAGUUUGAAAGAGCGGAGCACUAUUGGAUCAUGCGUGCGCAAGAUGAGAGCUAUGGUGAAGUGACGAGCACGCUGAGAAAAGGGAAGGAGUUGCCAAGCAGUGCCCCUCUUCUCAAGUUGCAACCGCGCAUCGACGAACAGAGUGGAUACCCCGUAUUAAGAGUUAGUGGGAGACUGCGUACGGCUUACCACUUGGCAUCUGAGUUUCGAUCGCCAAUUAUUCUACCACCUCGACACCGAGUGACAGAACUGAUCAUUCGGAGAGAGGAUGAGCGAUGCCGACACAGCAUUGGCACGAAUCACAUCCUGUCCAAUCUCGCCGAUCACUACUGGCUUGUGAAAGGCAAGCAAAUGGUGAAGUCACAUCGGCACCACUGCGUGGGAUGUCAGAAGGUGUGGCGCAAACCAGCCACUCCCAGGAUGGGUCCUCUCCCAGACCUCCGCACGCAAGGACCACUUCUGGCAUUCGCCCGCACCGCUGUGGACUUCGCCGGACCAUUUCUAGUGAAGAGAGGUCGAGGACGUACACAAGAGAAGAGGUAUGUGGCAGUGUUCACGUGUCUGCAAUCUCGAGCGUGUCACUUGGAGCUGGUUACCUCUCUCGACACGACUGGCUUCAAGAUGGCCCUGACGCGAUUCUGCAAGCGUCGCGGCACACCCGAGAUGUUGCUUACUGAUAAUGGAAGCAAUUUUGUUGCGACAGAGCGAGAGCUGAGGGAGGCAGUCGCCCAGCUUGACCAUGCCGACCUCACAUCGGAGUAUGCAGGCCAAGGGAUUGAGUGGAAAUUCAAUCCGCCUCGUUCUCCUCAUUUCGGCGGCGUGUUCGAACGGAUCGUGCGCUCCAUGAAGCAAGUUCUCCAGACUGUGCUGUACAAGGCUGAUUUAACUGAAGAAGAGCUCCAGACAGUAUUGGUGCAGGCCGAGGCUCUCAUCAACUCGCGGCCAUUGACAACGCUUUCGGAGGAAAGUGAAGACCUGGAGCCGCUAACGCCUUUGCAUUUCUUGGUUGGCCAUUCGAGAGUUGCAACAGCGUUGGAAGCAACCCCGGAGGGGGGUCUGCAUCGUCGCUGGCAGUUGCUUCAGGAUCUGAUGAAGCGCAUUUGGAAGAGGUGGCUCCGCGAGAUUGUUGCUCGAGCCAAUUUGGAGACGAAGUGGCACCGUGAUAGUGCAUCGGUUACAGUCGGCAAAAUCCUGAUAAUGCUGGACGAAUCGCUCCCAAGGACUCAGUGGCCGCUUGGUCGAGUGGUCGCUACGUAUCCUGGAAAGGACGGGAAGGUGCGCGUAGUGGACGUGAAGGUCAAAGGGAAGGUGUACAAGCGCAGCGUCCACCGCUUGGUGCCCCUAGAUGUGGAACCGUCAGCAGUCAAGGUGACUCUCCCAGCCUCUGCUGAAGUCCGGCUAAGUGAUCUCAAUGAGUGA